AUGGUAAUGGUGGCGACGAUCCAGUAUCGGACUGGCCUCACGACUGACCUUACGAAUGACCUUACAAGUGACCUUAGGAGUGACCUUGUGCCAGUGCCAGUGCCCGUGAAGAGGGCCGAUGACCUCCUUUUGGCUUUUAAUUCCACUGGUAUUUUCAAACAAGUUCAGAAGGUUAAUUUUCACAAAAGAAAGUUGAAGGAAUUGAAUAACUGGCACGACUACAAGCUCCGUUGGAACCCCGAUGACUACGGAGGCGUGGAGAUGCUCUACGUCCCCUCGGAGCACAUCUGGCUGCCCGAUAUUGUGCUCUAUAACAACGCCGACGGAAACUACGAAGUGACGCUGAUGACGAAGGCGACGCUGAAGUACACGGGCGAGGUGGUCUGGAAACCCCCGGCGAUUUACAAGUCAUCUUGUGAGAUCGACGUCGAGUGGUUUCCGUUCGACGAGCAAUCUUGCAACAUGAAAUUCGGGUCGUGGACUUAUAACGGAUUGCAGGUCGACCUGAAACACAUAGAGCAGGUGAAAGGCAGCAACAUCGUCCCCAUCGGCAUCAACCUGAGGGAGUUCUACAUGUCUGUGGAGUGGGACAUCCUCGAAGUCCCAGCCAAGAGGAACCAGGAGUAUUUCCCAGGCGCUCCCGAGCCCUAUCCAGAUAUCACGUUCAACCUGACGAUGAGGAGGAAAACCCUGUUCUACACCGUCAACCUCAUCAUCCCCUGCGUCGGCAUCUCAUUCCUCACGGUCCUCGUCUUCUACCUGCCGUCGGACUCGGGAGAGAAGGUGACUCUGUGUAUCUCCAUCCUGCUCUCCCUCACCGUGUUCUUCCUCCUGCUGGCCGAGAUCAUCCCUCCUACGUCCCUCGCCGUGCCUCUGCUGGGGAAGUACCUGCUGUUCACCAUGAUCCUCGUCACCCUCUCCAUCUGCGUCACCGUCGGCGUCCUCAACGUGCACUUCAGGUCGCCGUCAACCCACAAGAUGUCACCUUGGGUCAAGAGAGUGUUUAUCCACAUCAUGCCACGACUGCUUCUCAUGAGACGACCUCAGUACGACCCUCGAGAGCGACAUGUGCGUUCGGCCUCAGAGCAAGAGUAUUUAGAUAGCCUUGGCGACGGUGGUAUCUGUGAUCCUUACAGCGAGACCUUCGUGGAAAUCCGUGGGGAGCGAGGGAGUCUCGGAGGA